GGUCAUCACCGUAUUUUUGAGCUUACGUGGGACUGAAAUCCAGUGUGGUGAACUGAAGGAAUUGUACCUCACCCACAGGAAUAGCUUCUCGUCGUGGACUCUCAGAUUCUUGGAGGGAAGCACAAGGAAGAGUUGCCUCUUUGUGGAGUUGCAGCAACCACAAUGUCAUAUGCGCCCUCAAUACACGAGCCCAAAACCCUCAUUCUCUUUGUACAUGGUUUCUUGGGCAGCGAACAUUCAUUUGAGACAUUUCCCUACGAUGUUACCCAAACUCUCCGGACAAUACACAAGUUGCGCAAUGUAGAAGCACGGAUAUUUCCUCGCUUUGACACGAAGGGUGACCCCACGCGCGCUGUGAACCAACUGUGCAAUUGGCUUCUUCUGAAUGCAGCCGAACCCGAGUAUGAAAGUUGUGUGAUAUUAGGACACUCUAUGGGUGGCCUGAUGGUUGUAGACGCAUAUCGGAAGAUAUAUGGACUUAUAGAUGCAGAGGCAGGAGUACCAAAAGAUGUCAAGCACGACAAGGAAGGGGAGCAAACGUCAAAAUCAAAUUCAUGGUUCGGCGCUUUGGGAUCUUGGUGGCCGCGAGGCGGUCAAAGUCAGACGGCGAACUCCAGCGCGGGCACAAAAGAAGUGAAAGGGACGGAAACUGGCGGUCUUUCUGCCGAUUCGGUAAUCGGAGCCGUUCCGACCGAAAUGCGACACAAUGAAGAUUUGUCAUCUGCUACGGAAGACGAUCCGCAUCAGCGGGCCGAACCAGCGCUAGAAUCAUCAUCGCAUGAUGUGUCAGCGGAUCACAGCGUCGUUAGUGAUGCUUUAGCUUCCACCCCACUGCUUCCGCCACCGGACACCUCCAACCGUAAACGUCCUCCGGUCAAUAUUAUUUCUAUUAUAACUUUUGAUACGCCCUUUUUUGGGCUUCACUCCCGUGUCUACACAGCCGCCGCGGGAUCUCGUGCUGCGAAUGUCAUAUCUAAUUAUGUUCCUCCCAUGCCGUCAAUUCCUGCGCCUCCCAUACCGAUAGGAUCAGCGCUUCAAGCGAUACCCCAAGCUGUAGGGGCAGGAGUGCAGGCUGGAACGCAGGCUGUUGGAGCGAUUCCGCAGGUGGCUUCUCAGGCCUUACGCUACAGUGCGCGAGCAGUCGGAUCGAUCCCAGAGGCCACUCAAGGUCUCGUUGGGGCCCUGCCAGGUGCGGUUGCGGCACUCCCAGGAGCCGCAACACAGGGACUUCACAUGAGUGUGCAGGCGGUGACAGCUUUGCCUGGUGCGACAUUGCAACUCGGAUCGUCUGCUCUGCAGUCUGUAGCAUAUAUCCCUUCGCUCUUCUCGUCCAAAAAUACUGCCAAUGACUCGGAAGCCAAAGGAGACGCCACCGUCAGCGCAGAAACUGAUAAUGCAGCUAACUCUCCGCAAGAAGCAGACACGUCUGGAGGUCAUAUGAUUGUUGCCGGAACUUCGAUAGAAGAAGUUAGGGUCCAAUUAUCCCAGUCAGACGUACAAACCCCAAAGGAACUGCAAGAUGAAAGUGUUGUCUUCGCCGCCGCGGUUGCUGCUGCCACGGUGGCCGUAGAGCAUGCUAAAAGCGAACCCAAUUCUCCUGUAUCCGAAACUCCGCCGCCUGCUGGUGCAGCCGGUGAUGACCUUCUUCCUUCGCCUGCACCGGCGGAAUCCUCUACCAACGCCUCGGCAAGUGCGGUCGGGCUUUUACCCCUUCCACAAGACACUGACUGGACGCCCUGGGUCCGUCUGGGGCUUGCUGGUGCAGCCAUUGCCGCAGGUGCAUACUAUUCGGGAGGCCUUUUAUACGCCGGACCGGUUGUGCGACGGGUGGCCGUUGCUUAUGCCUUGUCGCAUGCUGAAGAAGCGCGCCAGCAUUUGCAGUUUUUGUAUCCGCUGUGGGGAGAAAGUACAAAGGCGCUGUCCAAGCGGAUAGAGGAUAUCAAGGCCGAGGUGGAAACAGGCCGUAUCGGAUUCAAGUGUUUUUUUGUUGAAUUGCCACUUCCUGUUACUCCCGCCCAACCUGUGCCUGUAAGCCUCAACCCAACGAAAGAUGUAAUGACGGAUGAUGCUCUUAAGAAAACGGUGGCCAACACUUCAAAGGAUCAAGAAAAAACUGUAAUCGCAAAAUCAAGCGAGGAGCGACUAAAGAGUCGCCUGAAAGAAGUUGUUGGAGGGAGCAUAUCGGAUGACGAUGCUAUGGAUUUGGACGCAACAUCGUCUACACCAUCAGAUGUAGCAGAGCAAGUAAUUGAAGAAGUCGAACGCUCAAACGAGCAGCCGAAGCCACCAAAGUCAUCGGUUGCCACGGCCUUGGCAGCACAAUUGGCAGCCUCUCGUUCUAGUAAUCAAUCACCAGAACCAAGUGCAUCAUCAAAACCGACAGCCCCACAAUCCACAACUGCCAUCAAUCUAGCCGCCCGAUUGGCGUCAUCUCGUCCCAUCCCAGGUCCCCAACCUCAGUCCACCUUUAUUGUCCCGCCACCCCAAACCUACUGCCACCUCUUUCGCCCUGUCAGUAGUGAUUGCUCAGAUGAGAUUGCAGCGCAUAUGAAUAUGUUCAGUAGAGAACUAAACGCUGGCCCAUAUUGGGGAUUGGUGGAUGAAGUUUCUACUGAGAUUGUCAGGGCGGUGAAGCGGGCCAAUGCGAAUAAGGCGAAUAAUAGUCAAUGAAGCUAUGUAAGUAGUACUCCGGAUGUCAGGUGUGGAAUAUCGAGAUAUACAGCGUGGGAGGGAGAACAGGAAAAUAGCAUGUCGCAUAUUGUUGUCGGUCAUUUUUCAAUAUGAAUGUUGUUAAGGUGCUAAGUUUAUGUGACGCCCAGAAGGAAAUGAGUAUGUAAAAAGAUGUAUAUGAGGGAAAUAGAGCAUAAUAUAUUACACGGUGAAUGCGGACGGAUUCUGACACAAAUACGCUUAUCAUUCGUCUUCAUCGGAUUCGCACAUCAGGAGCGCAUUUGUCA